AUGGAAAUGCAGAAACAUUACAAGUAUUGUUAUUGCCUCCUCAUACUGAGUUUUGAGAAGCUUGUAGAUGACGUUCAGCCUCAAACUUCACACUACUCUGGGCCAGAAUUGUUCAGCUACUACUCCAGUGAGUAUUUUCUGUGUGUUUUCAUUGUAUUUAUGUUCUUCUUUUUCUUCCACAAAUGUAGUUUAAAAAACCAUAUUGCCAGCAUGAAUAUGUAUUUUUAUUCCAUAGAAUCAUAUGCAUGCGUAUGGCUGGCUGUAGCAAUUCAAAAUUGUACCUGGAUUCAGAUACCUUUUAUUUUCUAGCUCCAAAUGACACACUGGGGGAAAAACUGCAUAACAGCCAAGACUUAACAGUAUAUGGAAAAGAAGAAAGUUUUUCAAAUAUGUUUUGUUUUUUAAAAAAAUCAGAAUAGGUUUUUUAUUUUCCAUAUUUGAACCAUUUUAUGUUCUGGUCCCUUUUUCUGUCAUACAUACUCUUUUGGUGGUGGCAGCCAUUUUGUGAUGGCAGCAGCCAUUUUCUGACUAGUGCCUUUAGGACCAUCUCAGAAUUCCAGCUUGGCAAUCACUGGAUAAUAGAUAGUUGUUUUGAGGAGGUUUUGUUAUAGAGUUGACUGAGACUCCUCUGUGGAAAGCUGAAUUCAUAUUGAGAGUUACUGAAGGCUAACAUGGGGUAAUUUGUGGUUCUCCAGAACAGCAUUUAAGCUUUUAGGGCUCUGCUAAUGUUUCAGAGUCACUUUGGAGUGUGUUUCAUAUGCUACAUGCAGGCUUUGUACAAGAGAAUGUCUCUGGGUGACAUGUAAACAAUUUUGUUCUUAUACCUUCAGUAGUAGUGUAUACAUUAGGACCCAAAUAUAGAUGUUUAACUUUUUUUAAAAAAAUCUGUGUUUGAUGCCAGGAAAGUUAAUGGUCUCUCCUUUCAUUCUUCAAGUACAUGUCUUUCUGACGCUUAAAGUGCUUGGCAAGUUGUGUGCCUGAACAUCAACAAAAGUGCAAGUUCCAUUCCCAGGAAGGAACAAUCUGUGCAUCUGGACUCAAAGACAAAAAUAUUUCCAUUUGUUAAAAUAUUGGAGAAAGGUGCUACUUUAUUGGUUGUUGUAACGCAGUAACACAAGUAGGAUGGCAGAUGGGAGAAAUCUUCCCCCGACCCCUUUAAAAAAUGGUGAAUACAGCAAAUCAAGGUUUUUCAGAAGGUGAGAAAGGAUUGGAAAAGGCAGGAACACUAUACUUAGCUCUGUGAGCGCCAGGAAUAUCUCACAAUUAGGAACUUGCAGGAGUUGUGUGCGUUGAGAGGCAAGUUGGUUGAGGGGCAGGGUGAUGUUCAUCAUCCUGCAAUGCAUGCAUAGGCAGCCUACUGAACUAACUGAACUUUUGAUCUGAUAUAGGCUAGCAGGUCUUAUGCACUAUACAUAUGACAGGUCUUUAAAAGGCAGAGUGUUCCUUCCUUUUGACCAAACUAGACCAUACACAUUAGUUCUGUGUCUGUGUCCUCAAUUGCGGGAGAAAGAGUUAACAUAUUGGACACCUGUUAAGGAUAAUGGUUUGAUUUUCUGAAACAGGAAUGUUUGCUUAUGUUGAAUUGCUGUGUAUUUUUAGCAUGGUUUUUCCCCCCUUUGAUAGAAGGUCUCCUGUGAUUGGCUGACUGUGAGUCACAUGAGAGAGCCAUUCUGUUCUGUUGUGACUGUUAUUAAAGUAACUGUCGUUUUUAACUGCUUUCUGUUCUCUCUGUGUGCGUGUGAGGGCUAAUGCCGCUGUGAGAGGUUUCUCAAGAUACUGCUGAGGACAAUGUGUGUUAGUGUGAUCUGUCUGAAGUGAAACAGACAGAGGACAUCCCUAAAUGUUAAUAGGAGAAACCCAGGCAUGAGAUUGUAAAUAUAUUCUUCUAAGUUACAUUUUUGAAAGUAAAGGGAUUUGAAACCGCAACCUUCUGAUCGGCAAGUCCUAGGCUCUGUGGUUUAACCCACAGCGCCACCCGCGUCCCCUCUAAUGGGUUUAGUCCAUGUUUAAUUCCAAACGGAGUCCGUUUUUAUGCCUCUAGUCACUUCAAGCUGCACAAUAUUAAUAUCUGCAAUAUUGACAAUUUGCAUAGGGGCAGGAAGCUUCCAUCGAAGCAAAUUCUCAGUACAGGGCUCCCAGCCCAAAUCAGUGCCAUGGGAAGGGGAGGGGAAAGUGUUGAAGCACACUUACACACAUCCACAAUGCUGGUAAUUUAUGUUGUUAGAAGAACAACCCUGCAUUUAAGGGCACAGAUACGGAGAUAGCAUACCAUCUAGUCUGGCCUUCAACCACGUUUACUUUUACUUAGCUAGUUCCUCCGAAUUCUUUCAGGAUCUAAGCUUGCUAAACAGAAACAACUUACAACAUAGGGAGACUGUUUUUCUAGGACUGUUUUGCUUGAACCUAAAAGUGUGGGGGGGGGGGGCGGAUAGCAUGAUUGGAUGUUGCUCCAAAUUAGCAAUUACUUGCUGUAUCACCCAUCCCCAACCUCAUGGCCUCUAGAUGUUAUUGGACUCCCAUCAGAUCGAGCCAGCAUGGCUGAUGGUCAGGGAUGAUAGGCAUUGGAGUCUAAAACAUCUGGAGGGCAUUUGUUUGUGGGAGGCUGCCCUUUUCAUAGAAAGCUAGAUGUUAAGCGAGAGGGUUCUUGCCUAGCCUUCUGCCAGACUUGCUAACUUUCUACAUAGAGGUUUUCCCCACCCCAUUCAAAUAUGCUAGCCCUCUGGAGUGGUAUAGCUCCGGAGGAGUUUUACUAUGUGAUGACCUGUCCUAUUUGACCAGGCCUUACUGUAAAGCAAGCAAACAUACAUCCAAAUCUCUGCCCUAAAGGAAUGGAAAAAAGAACGAAGGGCUUGCCUUACCUGUGUCCUUCCAUUGUGGUUUCUCUGAAUUAAAAAGUAAUCAACGGUUAUGAAAAACCAUGAUUGGAAAAGCAAAGAUAACCACCGAUAAGAACUGAGCAAAUCACAGGGCAAGAACGCAUCUUGUAAAUAAAUGUAACGACAAUGGAAUUACUGUCAAAUCAAAUUAUACAAAUUACAGGUCGUAAACAGCCUCUCCGAAGCAGCCCAAUUGAUUACUCAAAAUGAAAUGAGAAACGCCAAGAGGGAGCUUGCAGCAUACUAAGCACCUUCUCAUCAAAGACAGGCACCUCAUCAACCUCCAGCCAGCAAAAACCAUCCCCAACACUGGCUUUUCUGGAGGUCUUGCUAGCAGUCAAAUUGCCCAAGCAGCAGCCAAACAAUUCCCCUUCCAGGGCAGUGACUUCUAUGGCCAAGAUCCCUCAAAUCAUGGAGGCAGUAGUGCUUAGAUUUAAUACAAUUUAGAUUCUCUGAUAACUGGCCAAAGGUCAACCUGAAACUAAAGAUACACUAAGGGUGCUUCUAGCCAAUCUGUUUAUUGAGCAUUUUGCUGAUUUGUUUGCAGGGAGAUUAGAUAAUGUUGAAUAUUUAAUUAGCAUUUGUUCUGAUUUCUUUGCAGCAAGGUUAGAUGACCUUGCAUCAAAGUGAGUGUUGUCCCACACUUUCCAGGGCGUUUCCCAUCACUUUCCUUAUUGCAAAGAGACUGGCUGCUUUGGGAAUUGGAUUUGUUGCACAAGGCCUUACAAUCAAGUAUAAAUUCUGAAUUUGCUGUAUGUGGUGGACUUCCACCCCAAAAGAGCAACAGUCUGGAAAUGUACAGAUGUGGAUGCAAAUAUGUAAGGUGUUUGCUUUUUCACUCAGCUUGGAUGUAAUGCAUUUGGCAGCUGUAGUGGUCAGUGAGUUUUGAUUCACUGCUCUACUUUGCUCCUUCCAUCUACCGUGUAUGCUUCAAGAAGGCUGUCCCUACUCUACUCUUAUUUUUAAGGUCCUCCAUGGACAUUUAUUUGCCUUUCCUGUUGUGUCUGCUACAGUAUUUUUAAUUAGAGAGACCAGGACUUGAACUUGCUAUCUUCUCCAAGCAGGGUAUAUACUCCACCAUUCCCAGGAAAAGUGCCUUCCUUUCUCCCCCAGAUUAUGGGUUUAUCUGGGAAUUCAGGAGCUCACACACCAAGGUGAGAGAUGCUCCUAGAACAUGAUGGCACUACAUAAAGUUUAUGAUGCUUUGCACAUAACUCUAAACCAAAUUAUUGCUUAGCAUGAACAUAGAGCAGAAAUUGUGGCCACUUCUUCUCCAGUCCUGCUGCCACUGUAUUACACAGAGCUAAGCCCUGGUUUGGCUUCCCAUUACAUGUCAACAGCGUCUCUAUUUGCAGCCUCAUGGGGAAUUAAAAAAUACCCAUUGUUUGUGGCCUCUUCUCAUAUAUUUGUGGGAACGUCUGACGUUCUGGGGCAAGGCACCAUUCAUUCCAAUGGACCAACCUCCACUGUGCACAGGGCUAUAGUAUCUCAGCAAUCUUUACAAUCAUACCCCUACAGCUCUAUAUGUGUUGUGCUUUAAUUUGACACCCACACCCCAAUUCAUUUCAUGAGUAUAGGUCCCUGGCUGCUCGUGCCCUCUGGCUUCGACUCCAUUUUUGGGAUAUGGAUGAGAACUUUGCCUUUACAACUUUCAGAGGAGAUGAUUUCUGCAACUCCCCUAGAUAGCUUGUUCAACAGUUUCCGGCAGUUUGAAAGUUUGUUCUCAACCCUAAUAUUUAAUCUAAAUUGACCACACCACAACUUAAAUCAAUUCCUUCUUGUUCUUUGCUCGGCCACACAGCCAUUUUCCAUCUUCAUUAUGACAGCUUUUUAUUUGAAAAGUGUUAUCCUUUCCUCCCUCAAUCAUGGUUUCAUUGAGACUGCACAUCCUCACUUCCUUCUCUUGGUAGGACUUAUAUUCCAGCCAAGAAGCCCGACUACCUCCUCCUCCUUGCUGUUGCUUACAACUUUUCAUCUGUAAGGAUCUCCUAUUACCAAGAGCCGUUUGUCACUUGUUUCUCUUUACUCCUAACAGGUUUUAUUUAUGAAGUCCUGUUUCAUCAUUACAAAUGGCCACACUCCUUGUUUCUCUGACUUUGUCUCCUGUCCACAGAGUUGCAAUAUUGUGAUGUCAAGAGGUAACUGAGGAGUCUAGCCUAGUAUAAAAGCUUAUCCACAUUUCCUCUUGUUGCUGCUGCUUCCCAGCCCAGCCCAGCCCCAGGGAAAACCGCUCCUUAGUGCUCAGUCGGAGCAAAGAACAGGUUUUUUUCUUUCUUGUGGAUUGCCGCUUGUUCCGAAAGAGCAUGGUUUCCCUGGGAAAGGAGCAGAGCAAGCAGAAAACCAGAGCAACCUUUCCCAAUCUGGUUUCUUCCAGUUGUUGCUGGACUACAACUUCCAUCAUCCCUGAGCAUUGGCUGUGCAGUCAGGGACUGAUGGGAGUUGGAGUCCAACUGCAUCUGGAGGGUGACAGGUCUGCAGACACAUCACUUCUUUUUAAGAGACUUUGAAAAACUUUGAAAGAGGAAUGGUUGCUUAUGGUAUAUGUAGCCAUGCCUACUUUUCCAUCAUGGAAUUGCAGGGGGUCGAGGUUGUACAGUAUUGGUUUCUCCCAGCCCUGUUCUUGAUAAAACUGGUGGUUUAGACGUUUUCAGAGCCCAAAUAAAAACCGAUUUCUUUCUUUACUGCUAUAUUUAUCCUCUGUGUUUUUCCCAACUGGAAAAAAAACAAGGUAUAUUUGGCACCUUAUGGGGCAGCAGCUUGCUGCUCCAUUUCUAACAUUGGACAUAUUUGUAAUUAUGGUUUGAAUAAAACUGAAAGCAUUUUUAGUUUUAAAUUACAGCACAUAAAUUUUUACUGUUUGCUAACUAAGUUAUACAUAAAAUAUUUUAUGUUCUUGACAUAGUAAAUGUAAGUUUAUAACUGAUAAGAGAAUCCUAAGUAACGUGUAUUUUUACUCCCUCCAUUUUUCCAUUUAUUUUCUGGAAAUUGUGGUGGGGCAAACAUUUCCUAUGGCUUCAGUUUUUCCAAAAAAUUUACACCUCUAGGUUAGCCACUAUCUCUCAACCAGAUGCAAAAGAGAACAGGGCUUAUGCGUCUUAAGAAGUUGUGUAGAAGAGGGGAUUUCAGCAAAUGAUGUAGUUACCCUAUCUCACAGGGUUGCUGAGCUCAUAAAACGGGGAAGCAUAGAUGCUGCUCUUUGGGGGGGGGGAGGGAUUGGGGUGUCAAUGUAAAUAAUAAGUGUCGACACUUAAUGACCAGGGGGAAAAUUAGCUAGCUUUAGGAUGCAAUCCUCUGUUUCCUGGUGGGUUUCCCCAGGGACCGCAGGAUUUUGCAGAUCUCCGGCUCCAUGGAUAACGCCUUGCAGCCAUGGUAAUCUAUAUGGAGAUGACGAAAAGGAGGUGUUCCUUCCUGUACUGUGUCUCAGGGGAUCAGGCAAAGCUAUGGAUCUGCCAGAUUCAGAGCCCUGCCAUUCCUCUAACAUGCUUCUGAAAUGGAGAUGGCCUACUGAUUUUGCCUCCCAUUGGGAUCAAUGGGAGGAUAAAUCUUGAGGUGAGGGAAACGCAACUUCCUGGAAACCCACCUCCAUAUCCAGGCUUACUUGGAUGCCUUUAAAAGGAUUAGACAAAAUCCUUGGAGGAUAAAGGCUCUCAGUGGCUACUCCGUUGGAGGCAAGCUGCUUCUGAAUACCAGUUGCUAGGAAUCGCAAGCAGAAAGAGUGAUGUUGCUCACAGGCUUCCCAUGGCCAACCAGCAGAACUAGAUGGACCUUUGGUCUGAUCCAGUAAGUCUCUUCUUAUGCUUUCUUGCUUCUUAAAAGAAGAAAGUAAGUCGAGAAAUGCCGCCUUCCCCUUCUCCAGUGUGCUUGUGCAAUCCCAGCAGGGCUUUGGACUUAGUAGAAAGAAAGUCAAAGGCGGAAGAAACUCCUAAUUCCUUUGGACUGCUCUGUUAGAGUGUCUGCCCCUCAGCCGGAAGAAGUCUUGUUCUAAGCACAUUUCAUAGAGGCCGACUGCCAUGGUGUUUACAUCAGGUUUCAUCCCUUACUUGAUGAGGGUCACAGAGCAAACUAAUAACACCUAAGUAUAUGAGGAUAUUAAAUGAACAAUGACAGGCUCACUCAUCACCCUAGCCUCUUGUCCUAGCCAGGGGUGAAAGGUUCAUAAAACUUAAAUAGUAACCUAAUCGAAGGGGCUUCCCCCCCUCCCAUCCCCUCUUUUUUUGCCUGCCUUCUGCCAAAUUUACACUUUUAUCUGAUGAUCCGUAAUAGAUGCCAUUGAAGAAAGCAAGAAUUUCUCAGUCACCUUCCCUCAUAGUCCAGAGCUUGCAUCUCACCUAAAUCUCCCUUUUCUGAGUCCAAGACUGGACAGGGUAUUAUUUAACUCACCUGUUUUAUUAUUAUUUUUUAAUAAAAUUGUCUUUAAAAUGUAUGAGACGCAUCGUAGAGGACAAGGUGUACCAAAGCAGCAAGUGCAGAGUCAGCUGAAAAUGUUUCUAAAUGCAAUAAAUAAGUAACGAGGGGGGAAGCAGAGGGCCUUGGGAGACAGAGAGAGACACAAGGGGGAAGUGUGUGUGUGUGUGUGUGUGUGUGUGUGUGUGUGUGUCAGAGAGACACAGAGAGAGGCUCUUGCUCAUAUAUCAAUUCAGAAACCUCAUCUUAGAUGCUGAAUGUUCUCCUUUUUGCUACAAGGCCUCAUAGAGUUGUGGAUAGAUGCUGCACACACACCAUACAUUUAAAGCACAUUUUCAAUGCCAAAGAAUCCUGGGAACUAUAGUUCACCCUUCAUGGAGCUUCAAUUCCCAGCACCCAGGGAAAUGUCCCAAAGACAUUUUGGCAACUGAGGUGAACCACAAAAUGGUGCCCCCCACCCCACCCCGGGAAGAACGGGUAAGCGAAGGUCUACAUCAGCAGCAAAGGUAGGAGGAGACCAACAGCACCUCUUAUCUGCCAAGAGGAUGCUGUAGAGGCAGCAUAUGAAGGUGGGCAGAUCUGGCCUCCAGUGACUGUGCUGCAGCUGUCGCAGCCACCGUGGCGGCAGCAGUGGGCGAUGCAUUCCUUGGAAGCCAGCUCUGCCGAGCCUGUGGAUCUUGCUGCCUGAGGCAUUCGCCUCACCUUGCCUCAUGUGUGGGCCAGCUCUGCUAGUACACUUAACAAAAUACACUUCCCAGGAUUCGUGUGUGUGUGUGUGUGUGUGUGUGUGUGUGUGUUUGUACGCUUUAAAUGUAUGUGGUGUACCCAGCCAGAGAGGGAACAUGGUUUCCUUUUCCAUCCAUAAGGAAGCCUAAAGCCUAAAUACUGUCAACUCCAGAAUUAGCCCCCUCCUGCUGUUACCCUCUCAAUGACUUCAAGUACAGACAGGAUGGUAGGCGUAAUUCAAGGACUUGCUCAAACAAAAGGACUGGAGGGGGUAGGGGAGCAGGGCUAGAGAGGUGUGUGGCCUGGGGAGGAGGCAGGAUCUGUGGAGAAUACUGAGGACCAGAUAGAGCAGCCUGGAGGGAUGCAUUUGGGGCCUGGGCCUGAAGUUCCCCAUCACUGUAGAGAGGGAAUCUGAGUACACUGAGCUACUAAGAGAGCCCAUAGGAUGAGAAAUAGAGGAAAUGUGAGAAUAGCUCCCCUUCUAAGUUGCUUCCAAAGCUCCCCACUUCUCCUUAGCACCAAAAGAGACCACUCAUUUGGCAAGUUUAAAAUGGUUUACUUACAAACUCUUUGAAGGUCAGAUUCAUGUGCUUUUCCAUAAAGCAGCAAGAAAAGACAGGCAAUUUAACUUAGUUUCAAAACUGGUAAGUGUUUCUAAAUUAUUUAUAUAGAAACACGAAUAUGGCUUGCUUAAGUCAUGUGUUCUGGGCUUGGAGCAACCAGGCCAGACCUCCUUCCUGGUAGGGUUCACAUGCUGGAAAAAAGAAAGAACAAAGACUUUGGUGACCUUCCUCCCAAGGUGAGGGGGAGUGACUUAGCUAAGCCUGGUAGGACAGCUUAUUUUAUGGUAUUAACCCCUUCAUGCAUUAAUUAGAGUUAAGCAUGUUGGUUGUAUGAAGCUGAUUUAUCCCACAGCCUUUAGUGCAGCUCUGGUGAUGCCAGUGCAGUGCAGAACUAGCAGAGAAAAUUGACUGCUACAAGAUGAUGUCAUGAUGCCCAGUAGUUUAACGCCAAGGUACGCAUUACAUGCAGAACAUGCCUCCCACUCCCCAUUGGGAAGAAGGGAAUGGGAGAGAGAGAAGCAGAAGGUAGAUUACGUGUUCCCUCUCUGGCACAGUUUCUCUGCUACAAAUUGACCCUUCCCAAAGCUCUUUUCCAAUAGCCAUUGGAGUUCUAUUGUGCUUGUUUGUGUGUAACAUGCACUUUGGCUCUUAAAUGGCUUUUUAGAAGAGACGGGUAAACUCUCUGAAGAGAGGUCAAUCCAUUGCUAUUAGCACUAAUAGCUAAAUGGAAACUCCUUGUAUACUUCUGAAUAGCGAAGCGGAGGACAAGUAAAGGUAUAUAAUAUAGUUAUUGCCUGCAUGCCCUUCUUCUGAUCAACUAGAUGUAUCCAGGGAGCCACUGUUGACUUGGCUAGGGAGAUAUUUGUCUGAUCCAGCAAAGUAGUUAUUUUUAAAUAAAGGACGUUGUGCUGCACCCACUGGGCUUCUCUGGCACACAGGCAGCAUGGAGGACGGAUAUUGCUUAUUGUAAGGGAAAGCAGAUGAGAUCACCAACCUUCUGGAAUCCAUGGGCACAUUUGGAAACAGUCAUGGGUACCAACACCUCUCAAUCUAUUCUACUGGCUACAAUGGAAUGCUUCUUUCAAGUUUAAUUUUAGAGAGGGGAGGGGACCCUAUGAAUGCUAGGGAAGACCUCUGCGGCAAUACAUGUGCCCGCAGGUGCCAUGUUGGUGACCUCCAUUUCCUGGCAGCCUAGGCCCAUGCCCAGUAGGUUUUGCCAUACUUUCCAGGAAUAAGGCUGGCACUUCAGCUGCAGUAAUAGUACAGAGUUGCUGCUGCUGAGAGUGGCUGCUUACGUCUUACCAAAAAAAGAGAGGGCGAGCAAAGGCAUCAAUUUGCAUAAUUGGUAAUUUAUGUGUACCGUUGCAAUUUUAGAAAUAAUUGCCAAAAUUUAAAUAGAAACACAAGGGAAGGCCAGGUGAUCAGGUGAUCAGUUGUGUCCCUACUCAUGGCUGAUGGCCCAAUUUAAGUUUCCUGCUGGUCUCCUUUAUUUCGUGUGUUUUUUUUAAUCUUUAACCCAGGCUUGGACCAGACAGCCCUGGUCUGUAAAACAGGACAUAUGCAUAGGAAUUCACCCUCAUGCUGUCAAAUGUUCUGUCAGUGCAAGCAUUUCUGUUUGCCUGAUGGAAUGUUCUCCCCUUUCCUCCCAUGUGUGCUGUUCUGAGGGUUCUCCUGAUCCCCCUCCCUAAGUAAAUGAGGGUGCAGAGGGAGAAGAGGGGAGCCUCAUGGUGCUAGAGGAAGUCAUGGCACUCCUGGUAGGAUCAGUUACAGCAGUACCUUGGUUCUCAGACGCCUUGGUACUCAAACAACUUAGAACCCAAACACUCCAAACCUGGAAGUUAGUGUUCUGGUUUGCGAACCUUUUUCGGAAGCCGAACAUGCUCCGUUUUGAGUGUUACACUUCCAUUUUGAGUGCCACACUUCCGUUUUGAGUGUUAACGCUGAGGUCUGUCUGUUUUUGCUAUUUACUUUGCGUUUUUGUUUUUGCGGGGGUUUUUUGUGACCGUGUGGAACCCAGUUCAGCUACUGAUUGAUUGAUUGAUUGAUUGUGCAACUACAGUACAUUGUUUAUUGCUUUCAUUUUAUGGAUCAUUAGAUAGUAAAAUUCAUGUUAAAUUGCUGUUUAAGGGGUUUUUAAAAGUCCAGAACGGAUUAAUCCAUUUUGCAUUACAAAGUUACAGGGAACCAGGCAGAGGGCCUUCUCGGUAGUGGCGCCCACCCUAUGGAACGCCCUCCCAUCAGAUGUCAAGGAAAUAAACAACUAUUUGACUUUUAGAAGACAUCUGAAGGCAGCCCUGUUUAGGGAAGUUUUUAAUGACUGGUGUUUUAAUGUAUUUUUAAUAUUUUGUUGGAAGCCAUCCAGAGUGGCUGGGGAAACUCAGCCAGAUGGGUGGGGUAUAAAUAAUAAAUUCUUAUUCUUAUUAUUUUCUAUGGGGAAGCGGCGCACUUUGGUUUUGGAACGGAUUAAAUUUGAGAACCAAGGUACCACUGUAGUUGAAUCUUGCCUAAGACCACCCUACGGCUCAUGCCACUCUAGCUUAUUCCAUUCCAUAGGACCAAGGGGCCCAGCUCAUGAAAGCAAGAGCUGGCUGUGAUUUCUGCAGAAGGGAGCAUGGGAUCAAGAGCCUUUUGGUAAAGGAGGAGAAUUGUUGCAAACAUGCAUGUGAUACAAAAUAAAUGGAUGUGUCUUGUAUUCUGAAUCUCUAUUUAUGGAAAGCUCUGACGUCAAUGACGGAAAUAUUUAUUGUACCAGUAAAUGAUGGAAAUGAGGGUGUUCCUUGGUCAUUGGCCAAAGGCAUCCGGUUUGGUCUUGGCAAUUAACAAAUAAAUGUCAGACGUAUGAAUGAGCUGUCACAGAACAACAGUUCUGUGUAGGCUGACUUUAUGUACUAGUUGUGAGCUGCCGAAUGUUGAAGCAAGUGAUAUACAUGCAUGAGUGUGGCCAAGCCUUGACCUUCUCACAAUGCACAACCACUUCUUCCGGUGCAUUUUCUGUCUGCUACCAGUAGAAUGAGUGUAUACUAGAAUGUCACCUGCAGAAGUUUAUGAAUGGGUGGACAUAGUCAAAGUGGCUACUCAGCAGAGUAUUACCAACCGGUUAACAAGCAGAUCUUUCACUGCUGCUUUGCUGAAGGGUGGAUACCUGAAGGGGCCAUUACAUGUUUAAUUUUCACCUCCUGAGCUCAAACACCCAGCCGAGCUUUUUCAGUCACAUUGGUGUGGAUCUAUGGCAGGCUUCAGCUGCUGUGAAGCAGAGGUGGUGCAAUUGCUCUUUCAUUUCCCCAUUAAAAAGUAAAGCAACAAAGCUUUGCUUCAGCUUAUUUUUGUCAGCACCUUACAGUGCUCAGGAGAUUAAUGGGGCUGCUCUGUUAUGUUAAUACCUGGCUACUCAUUAAUAGAGCUGUCCCCUUUCCGCACAGGGGGACGAUUGAUAGUUGAAAUUCUGACACUGGCAAUAGAAAGCCCUUUUCUUUUGUUCCUCAAGAGGGGAAAGUUUCUAAAUAGAUUUAUUUUACCAUGAAAACACAAAAGAGCCUGUGGUGCAUUAAUUUUUCAUAUGGAGAGGAUAUAAACAGGUUGCAUGUUUAAAUAAUUUAUUUAGAGUCCUAGAAUAGGUAACAUCUCUUUUCCCCCACCCCCACCCUCCUCACCUAAGUCAUUCAUCAUUUUGAGGAAUAGGUAUUUGCCAACUCCUGAGUGGUUUCGGAUUGGUGUAGUUUUACAGGCUUGGCUGAGAUGCCAGCCAAUAAAAUUCUUGCCUUCCAUCCACUGGAACAGGUUUACACUGGGUGUUGAUGUCCCAAGAAGAGAUGGCUAUCUUUAAGACAAGGAUGAGAGAAAUAACAGCUCCUAUCAUCCCUGCUGGCUGGGGCUGAUAGGAGUUGGAGUCCAAGAGAAUUUGGAAGGCUACAAGCUGCCCAUUCCUGCUUUAAGAUGAUGUUGCAUAAAUAAGGGAAUAUUUCGUGGCAUGAGGCCUCAGCUAUAUUCUGUGUUCAGAAAGUAGGACAUCCAUUUGCAAGCCAUGCUACCUCAUAUUUCAUUGUUUCUCUUUAGAUUGCCUAGAUCAGUGGCUUUUUAUGUGCCAGUUUAGCCUGUGUGUCCAGAGUCCCCUAUCCGGGCAAAACUUGAAAAUCCCAGCAGCUCAAACUCCUCAGCGGCAACAAGUCUUGCCAUGUCCAGUACUUCUGAGCCAGGCCCAAUCAUGUGCAACUGAAACAUCCAAAGAAGCAAUUUUUGAAGAAAGAAAAAGCUGA